AUGCUCACUCCACUUGAAGCUGUGAUGGUUGUUGUGGAGAAUGAGCGAAAAUUCGACCAAUUAGUAGUGAAUGAUAUUUUUUCUCCUCUGACCUACUGGAACAACCCAGCAGAGCACUUAGUUAAUUAUGCCCUACAGAAAUGGAAUGAGCGAAUGCUGAAGGCAGACAACACGACAUGUGUUAUUGUCAUGAUCGACACAAUGGGUCCAAGCAAACUGGAACGUCUACGGCGCCGGAGAGAAGACCGAAUCCUGCAGCUUAGCAAACAGCAAAAGCUUAGCAUGGACAUAAAUGCUUAUCUCAAGUAUCAUCUGCUGCCUGGUGCCAAUGGGCAAAAUGCUGCUGCAAGCUUGGUUGGCCUUUCUGCUACAAACCCGCUACCUAUUUGUGCCAGUCUGCAACGGAAGUGUCACCCAAUUGUAAAUGAUAGUGACACAAGGGCCACAAGACCUCUAUCUCUUAAUGAUACCAAUAAAGUAAUAGUUAACCAUAUCCGGAUAGGCUGUGAGGGAAAAAAAUUGGAUGAUGGCAAAAUAGACACUGAAUCUCUAGCCAAGAAAUCGGGAUCUCUAUGUCCUGUAAAUUCUUCUCCAGCAGGUGCUGCGUCAGGCUUGGACUCCAGCAAAGACCACACUUCCAAUAUUUCCAUCUAUAAGGUAAUGGACAUCGAGAAUGAAACUGAUCACAAAACGAGUAAAUCCAAAAUGAGGUUCUCUAUCUGCCUGUCUGGGGAUGAGUCUGCUGAUGGUAAGAUUACAGACAGCGACAGAGGCAAUGGUAAUGACAACAGCAUGAUGCCUGCUAGCCGAUGUGUAGAAACUGGAGAAAUAGAUCACAAUGCUAACAUCAAAGAUGAGGGGAAUGAAAGCUGUGAAAACAAAGAAUCCCCAUCAACAGAUGUAACGGUGGAAAGGAGAAACAUUGAUAUAAAUAACCACAAUGUCGCCACUUUACCUCAGGUGCGCCGAACACUUAGUUUGCAGCCAAAAAUGCUUCGUACUCGAACUCGGAAAUCCUUGGAUGAUCAGUUGGCACCUUGCCCCUCUGAUAUUGCCAAGUCUGUUAAAUCAAAACUACCCACCUCCACCUCAAAAACUUCCAAUGGGAAACUUGACCUGAGGGAGAGAAUCACAAAACGAUUUCUCAGUCCACAUUUGGCAGACACACAGAAUAUCUCUGAGAAUCCUGGUCCCUAUUUACGCUCCUCAAAUAAUUCUCACAAUCAACAUUCCCGGACUAGCAUCUCUGAUGAUGAAUUCUCUCAUAAGCUUAAUGAAAAAGCUAACACAUCCUUCAGCAAACGGUAUACCUGUGCCUUCCCGUAUGUUCUCUCCCUUCCUCUCGAUUUCUCGACAACCGAGAGGGGCCCUCCUGGGUGGGGUAGAGCUCGGAUGACUCUCUUUUCUCGGACGAGCAACCCAUUUCUCCCCUCUAUUCGACGCCAACACCUUCGCUCCUUACAACUUGCCGAAAAGUGCCCGACCAUACCACAUGUCCAGUAUCUCAGAGGUCUUACUUGCACUGGGGCCACCCCGCCUCUUACUUUUUCACGGGUGACUCAACGGCGUUUCCCAGACCCUUUUCCUUCUCGGUAG